CAGCUCCACCACCCAGCAAAGCGACAGAGCAGGUUCGAUGAUGAGACUCGAGUUCUGCCACGUACGAGGCAACGGCGCUACAUCCAUUCGUGAUUGAAACGCAAGCGAAUGGCCAUCAUCCGGAGAUGCAGCACUUGGCAUCCUUCGCCUCGUAACGGAUGCCGCUGCAUUUAGUUUUGGUGGGUUUUGUGAUGGAGACGAAACGAUCCAGAAGCUGCAUAUCCUAACUAAAGUCUCAAGGAACGAAUGCCUGGAAGCUACGCUAGUAAUGACGACGCGAGUGAAGCCGCCGUCGGUGAGGCGCCAAUCGAUUUCGAUGCCGAGGACGCCGGAGCUGCGGGCGACGUAGACCUGAAGUCGCCCGUGAUAGACACUGGCGGUGAUAACAACUGGGAGGAGGAGAAUACACAGCAAAACGAUGUGGACAAAGACGAUGGACCGCAGAGCGUCGACUCCGAACCGGGUCAUUACAGCUGGAAGCGCGCUGAUGGACGUCAGCGCAGUCAGAGUCUCGAUGAAGAGGAUGAGGACGAAGCUGACAACAACAGCGAAGUCAGCGACAAGAGGGACGUGACGGUCCGGACGCUCCCCACAGGUAUCGACGAUCUCCCGUUGUUUGCAGACGAGAAGAACCGCGAGCUGCAUGCGCAGAUCCGCAUCAAGGAGGCGCGUUAUGAGGCUGCCAAACGAGAACUCGCAGAGACUCGAUCGCGCGUGGAGAUCAUGACGGAACAUCUGAAAAACGUGCAACAAGAACUGUUGCAUACUCAAGCUUUACACGGUGCUAAACUCAAAGAAGUUGAAAGCGAGGAACACAUGAGGCAACUAGCAGAGCGUGAAAUUGGCCGAGUGGCUCAAGAAGCCAAAGUGCUGGACGCAGAGGCAGCUGAACUAGAACGUAAACUUGCAGGUUUACAAGGCUCAUUAUUCAAGGGGAAUGAAGCGAUGGACGCCUUUAAGCUGCAGAUGAACUGGAAUCAGGACGAAAUGGAGCAGUGGGCAGUGGCAGCGCGACAGAAAGAAGAGGAUGCCAUGGCAUUAGAGCGAUACCGACGGGCCGACGAGGCCCGUAUCAAGGAACUGACGUUGGCGUUGGAGAAACUGACUCAGCAAUUGACUCGAGCCAAGCGUGAAGUGGACGAUGAAGCUACCGAGACACAAGCCAAACAAAUCGAGUUAGACAAGACGGCGGAGGAGUUCCGCUCUCUUCACGCAGAGCGCGCGAAGCUGGUGGCACAGUGGCAAUCAACACUAGAGGCGAUGCGAGCUCGUGACGAAGAGAUCACACAGGCAAGCGAACAGUUCGCCCUGGCACAACGAGGUCUGCAGAGUAAGCAGGAGCUGCUUGGAGAGCAGAAACGUCGUCUGCAGCAGCAAGAAGCAGCAAAUAACGAAGCGCAGGCUCAACUGGCAGGCAAGGAACGUACGCAGUCCAAGGCACAGCAAGAGUUACAGGAGACAGGGGCUCGCUUACAAGCCUUCCGCGAUCAGGUGGAGCUACUGAAGAGUGAGCUUUCCAGUGCUGUGGCUGCGCUGAACCAGCAACGCUCGAACAAUUCGAACCGUGAUGACCGGUUGGAGGCGAUGAAGCAAGAGCUUGAGGUAGCCAGAGCGCGGUUCAAAGGCACCAGAAAAGCGCUGGAGCGUUGCCGAGACACAACUCUGGACGCUGAAGCACUGGCCAAGCAGGCUGAAGCGGAUCUGGCCGCUAUGGAGAACGAAGUGAAGCGUCUGGACAAGGAGAUCGCCGCUCAAAAGGAGCAAAUGUUCCGCAAGAGUCAGCAAUUGUUCGCCCUACGACAGCAAGAAGCGAAUCUGGUAGCUGAGCUGUCAGGGGCGAAGUCCGCAGCGCAAAACCUGCGCGCUAAGCUGCGCUCACUGGAUGCUCAAGCCUUGCGUCAACAGGAGCUUGUGUACAAUGGCGAGUUCCAGAUCCAGCAAAUGGAGCGCAAAGUGGCUCGAGCUAGUGGAGAACGAAGUGCCGAUGAGACGAAGGCGCUACAGGCUCAGAUCCAGGUGCUGCAGAUGGAAUUAGACCGUGUCCAGGCCGAGCAAGUCAUGCUUACAGCGCAGUGUAAGAAGCUUGAAGACGAGCGACGUGCCCAGGAACGAUCUCGUAAGGCCUUGAUAGCUCAACAACGGGAGGUGGACGCUCAGAUCGCCGAGCAUGAGCUGCGCAACGAGAGCUGCGCACAUGCACUCAAGGCAGCACUCAAGAACAAGGAAGAACUGCUGAUCCAGCACGAUCUCCAAGCGCUCGAAGUGCGUCGUCUCCGCGACCUGCUUCACGCUCGUGCUGAUGAGGUCUUGUCUCUCGAGAACCGUGACUUCCAAUUGAAGAAAAGUAUGGAGGAACGCAAGCGUGAGAUUGCUGCUCAUCAGGAGCUCCAGCGAGCUGCAAACAAAGCUUUUGAAGACGAACGUCACCGCGUGUCUGUAGAACUGGCUGAUAGAGAGAGUCGCGUACGUAAACUGCAGGCCAAAUUCGAGACGCUCUGCAAGAUGGGAGCGUAUGCAGACGAUGGCGAUGAUGCAGGAGAGGCGGGUAAGGAGAGAAGCCAGGCUUACUUUGUCAUUCGAGCAGCUCAACGUCGCGAGGAGCUCCAACGUGAAGGAGACGAACUGGACGACAAGAUCCGUAUAGCCGAGAAGGAUGUUCGUGCGCUGAAGAAGACGCUGGCUCAUCUGGAAGAGCGCAACUCGGCGUACCGUAAGAGCUUCCAUCGUGCUGAUCUCGCUGGCGACGAUGCACAACGUCUUGCUGCUCUGGAGACACAAGCCAAGAUGGCGGAAGACACGUUCUUUAAGAAGAAGAAAGAGCUGGCGAGAGUUGAGCUGGACGUGACGAGCGAGACUCAGCGACUUCGUGAGGUAGAGACUCAGCGCGACUUCGCUCGAGCCAAUGCGACGCAACUUGAAGGUGCGUUGGCACAAGUGGACCGUGAGGUGCAGACCGAGCGAGCCAAGUGGGGGAAAGUGGUCAAGAAACUCGAGCGUCAGAUGCGAGAACACAAGCAGUUCGCUGUGAGUGCCGGGGGAUUCGAUGACGACGGUACUUGGCGUACAAAGGAGCAGGUGAUGCUGGAGGCGCUGGAACUCAAGGAGAUCAGUGCGAGCUUGCUGUACACGUUGGGCCAACUGGCCAACGAGUUCCCCGAGAUCGGAGACCCAUUGCAGAUGGCUGUGCAUGAGGUGGGCAUGCACAUUCCAGCCGUGCCGCCUGGACGAACAGCCGCAGCAAGAGCGGACGGCGCCGGUCUGCCUCGCCCCAUGUCCGCACGCAGUGACAAAAGCGAUCGGUCGGUGCGCAGUGCCGGCAGCAAUGGCUCGUAUCGGAGCAAUGGCAGUACUGGAUCUGGAGUGCGUGUAGCGGCCCCUAUCAGCAAGGUUCAACUCGGGUUUUAAUAGGUAAACAACGUCUGGACCACCGGAAUAUUGCAUCAAAAGAAGGAGCAUGUUUGUUACUCAGGCC